AUGCAAAAAUCGAUCGAUCAAUCAAAACGUGCUCUCGCCCUCAGCUCCUCAUCGCCGGACCCCCAUCCUCCCGUCCGGACCGCCCUCCGUUUCUCCGCAUCUCCGUCCUCUCUUCCACCUCGUCCCCCUCCCCUCCCAAAAGCCAUGACCGACACCCUCACAUUCACGUCUACCAUGCCAGUCCAAGUACUCCGUCCCACGCGGCUGCUGCGGCGGUCGCCGAUCACGUCCCCCCUCUGCAAGCGUCGUCGCCUGCCCGCCCUGUGCAGGAUGAGCUCUGCGCGCGACCUGGCGCUCGAGGACCCGCUGCCCUCCGCCACGCCCCUCUCGCAAAUGCAUCUGUACGACCUAACGCGGGCGCCAGUGCCGUACCAGCAGGCGUGGGAGUUGCAGCAUUCGCUCGCAGACGCGCGGCGGCGGGACGCGGCGCUGCCGGAUGCGCUGGUGCUACUCGAGCACGAGCCCGUGUACACGCUAGGCACGGCGAGCAGCCUGGACCACGCGGCCGCGUCGACGGGCAGCGACGUGCCACUGCUAGUGCGCACGGAGCGGGGCGGCGAGGUGACGUACCACGGCCCGGGGCAGCUGGUGGCGUACCCGAUUUUGAACCUGGCCAGACAUCGUAAGGACUUGCACUGGUACUUGCGGUCGCUGGAGGAGGUCGUGGUCAAGAUGCUGAAGGACGGGUACGGGCUGGAGGCCGGGCGGAAGGAGGGGUUGACCGGGGUGUGGGUUGGCGGGGAGAAGGUGUGCGCGUUGGGGCUCAAGGUGAGCAGGUGGAUUACUAUGCAUGGGCUGGCGGUUAAUGUAGACGUAGACUUGGGCGCGUUUGACAGGAUUGUGCCAUGCGGUGUGGAGGGGAAGGCGGUGACGUCGCUGCACAAGCUGGGCGGCCACACGAGCAUGGACGAGGCCAAGCGCGCGUUGGUGCAGAGCUUCUGCUCAGUUUUCGGGCCAUACGACGUGGUGGCGGGGGAUGACGGCGGGGGGAGGGAUGUGACGGAAGCGCUAGGCGACGAGGCAAGGGGAUAG